AUGGUGCCAUCAUUGGUGUCAUCUGGUGUCCUGGAUGGCACCCUGAGGUCCUUCACCAGCUCUGACCGUUCCAUGUCCCUAAUGGUUGGAAACUGGAUGUGCAGUGAGCUAUUGCGGAAGGACGUGGUGACUGGAAGUGUGUUCUCAUUCAGGAACCAGGCUGGGAGUCACUGCUGCUGCCUGCCCGUGGCUGACGAGCCCAGCUCCCCCAAGAAGGCGAAGAGCAGCGAGCUGGAGCGCUGGCUGCCGCCCCCGUCCCCCGAGUGGGCCAUCGUGAGGGUCAUCCCCGAGGAGGAGAUGGCUGAGCACAACCUCCUGGCCGUCAGAGUCAUGGUCACCAGCGAUGCCAGCAGCUCGGAGCUGGACUCUGAUCUCAGCGGGGACUCCUCCUGCUCGGAGCCGAGCGAAGGCCUGCCCUCGCUGCCGGAGCCCCGCGCCUGCUCCAGCCCCAUCCAGAGGUGGGCACCGCUCAUCAGGAGCCCCGAGGGGCCCAAGGAAAGCUCCAGAACAUCCAAAGUCGCGGAUGGCCUUCCCCUGCUGUCGAGCAGGAAGCCUGGGCCCCACGGGAAGGAGAGCUCAGCCAGCUGCCAGGGCGCUGCUGCCGAGGAGCACCGCCGAGCUCAGUUGGCUUCUUACAAGAAGCCACCAGAAAUUCCAAGAGGACAUUCUGAACCCUGCAGCUCAGCGUUUCAAAGGAAAGAAGAAGCCAGGGAGGUGCCUGAAGACACACAUUACUACGUGCCUCACUGUCCUGUUCAGAGCAGCAGCACAGCUCCUCCACAGAGCCCUCUUGGGAAUGGGACACUGGCUGCUGGUUUUUGUGAGCCUGAGGACACAGACAGGGACACUGGGACACGCUCAGCCCAGGACUGGAAGGAGAAAGCACAGAAAUUCACCUCUGAGCCAGAGCACUUCAGCGGGAAGACAGAAGCGCUGUCACCUCUGGAUUUGAAAGAGAAAGAUGGCAAAAAUACCAGGGAGCCAGAGAAAAAGCUUGAGCAAGAAUUAAAGGAGGCCAAAGAGGGGCUGGGGCCUGGUACUCAGCAGCAGGCGUGGUAUGGCUCACCCAGGGCACACCCAGGUGGGAGCAGUCCAGGGGAUGGGAACAGCACACCCUGGGCUCCAGGGAAAAGGGAGUCUGCCUGGGGAAAAGGAAAGUUUAAACGCUCUGCUUGCCCUGGGCCUCUCUUGUUUGCAGAUGGUGCUGCAGCAGCUCCAGCAGUGGACACAAAGGAUGCUCUGAGGGUUCCAGACGUGGUUUCCCGGGAACAUGUGGCCAGCCAGCCAAAAUCCCCCCUGAGGCUCAUAGCCAAUGCCAUCAAAAGGUCCAUUUGGGAGCCUCUAACCUCAGCUCCAGAAGGGUUAAAGCAGGACUCGGACAGCAAAGCCAAAGCCUCUUCAGAACAAGUCUUCUUCAGCUUCCCCAGCACUUCUGGGUAUUCCCUGAGGCAAAGGAACAGGAACAACAAUAACACUCAGUCACAGGAUCCUAAAGUAAGGGAGGGGGCAGGAAAACAAGGAGGAGAUGGGAGCCCUUACUCGAGUCAGUCUCGUUCUCCUGUGGGCUCUGAAGAGAUGGCUCUAAGGGAUUACAGGGGAGGAGUAUUCUUCACACCCUACAGGCCUGCACCCCAUAUACCUCUGAAAGCAGCUUGCACUAGGAUGGAGGAAGUCCCAGGACUUCUAGAGAAGUUCACCUUUGAAGACAGUCCUGUAGGAGCUCCCCUGGAUGAAAUAUGUAUCCACAAGAAAAAGUCCACUCUUCUUUCAUCUCCAGAGCCCAAGAACUCCUUCAAGGACACUCUGGAUGACUCUGCACAAAAAGGGUCACUCUUCAAUAGGCUGAGAAGCAAAACUCGUGAAAGGGAACAGAAUUCCAUGGUGUCAUCUCUGCCCCUCAAUAAGGACCAUUCUCCAGAAAGGUCAUGUUAUCCUUUCACAGGAGAUGAACACCUACCUGUCAAAAAACAAGCUACUGAGUAUCCCACUUCAUCCUCCGACGAGGACUUUGAAUCCAAGUCUUUGUUAAUGCACAAGGCAGAAAGGGCUGUCAGAAAGAGAAGGAGGCUGGAGAAGGAGACGAAGCAGUUGAUGAAACAAGAGGAGCUGAAGAGGCUUCACAAAGCACAGGCAGUGCAGCGGCAGCUGGAAGAACUGGAGGAAAGACAAAGAGCUCUGGAGAUUUUUGGUGUUGAGCUGGAGAGAGAACUAAGAGGAGAAGCAGAUUCAGGCACAAAGGAUGAAAAUCAGAUGCUGCAUGAAUGGUUUGAGCUGGUCAUGGAGAAGAAUAAAUUAAUGCGCUAUGAGUCUGAGCUCCUGAUUAUAGCCCAAGAGCUAGAACUGGAGGACCAGCAAAGCAGGUUGGAGCAACAGCUGAGAGAGAAGAUGGCCAUUGAUGACAGCCUUAAAGAUGAGAUGGAUCUGAACGAGGAGGAUGAAAUUUUUACCGAGAUGAUGAAGGUGGUUGAAGAAAGGGACAGACUGGUGUGUGCCUUAGAAGAGCAGAGAGUGAAAGAAAGAGCAGAAGACCAGCACUUGGAAAGCUUUAUAUUAUCUACAGGCUAUCAGCUGAGCAGGAUUUAAACAGCCACAUGCAAAUAAACAUCCUUGCAGCAGUAUUCCCUGCCACGGAGAUACAGUCUGCUGGAAAUGAAGGAAUUCAAAUUUAAAAUCUGCUUAUUUGGGAAAGACGUUGUUUUGUUAUUGAAAGCUUUAGAGAAGUUCUUUUGCUUAUGCCAGAGACAGUCAUUUCACUGUCAGCUCAGAGCAUCACUGGGAUACAGAUUUGGGCUGAAUUUGUCUGUCUGAUGGGCACCAGGGUCUGUGAAAGGGAAAUCAGAGCUCCAUUAUCCGACUGGAAUUUUAUUUUAAAGCUGAGAGUGGAGUUUCUGAGGAACAUGAUGACAUCAUUUAGUAUUUCUGAGAGAGUCUUACUUUCCAUCUGUUUGUCUCAAUCUCUGUGUGCCUUUGUUAAUAUUUUGGCACAGCCAAGCCAUGGUCAACUAUAGAAAAGUCAGAAAACAAGCACCUCAUAAAAACAGGGUUAGUCUUUAUUUCUGGUGGAGGAAGAGUCAUUUGACUAAUGACUACAUAUAAGCACUUACUAAAACUACUGUAAAUGCAAUGUCAGAAAUUAAUUUUUCAGGUAUUUAUAAGUUUUAUUGCACUGUGUAUUUUUGAACAAGAAGUUCAAGCAAUAUUAAAUCCCUGCAUUUUGUAAAAUGGUAAGGGAUUAUCAAAGGGGUGA